AUGGGAAUCGGUGAUGUUUGCGACUGUGGGCUGGGAGGAGCUCUUCCAAUUUGCUGCACCCAAUACAAGUGGCCGAAGGUCAGCCUUUCCGAGCCGGGUGCCACUGGAGCUUUGGACGAAUCGAAUCUGGGGAACGGCAGUUAUUCGGCAAAAAGACUGAAGCGGCUAGCCCCACCUUUCGAGGUUCGAGCCAGCGCGGAGGCUCGAGGGAAAGGAAAGAGCAGCGAUGUCACGGUCACCUGGAGCACAGGCCAUCUCACCUUGAACGCCUUACUACGCACCCACACAUCUGGCUUUGGAGCCUGUCACGUGCCUUGCAUCGAGUCUUUGAACAGCGCAGGCGACCACCGCAAAUGGAAUGUGACGGUGGGCAGACCAGACCGCCUUCACCCGGAUGAGCACCACUGGCCCAUGGUGGAAAAAUCCAGUCAAACACCCAAGCUUCUGGGGGCCUGUGCUCAGCUGAAUAACCGAACCAACUGUGGUGGACUGAGAAUUUUCCGGUCCCUCGGUCUCCCACCCGCUGACGCUGAACCUUUGAGGCCCUGCUGUUUCCGACCGCCCAUGUCCCAGACUCCCAAGUCGGCUCCGGCGCGUAUUCAACCUCACCUACCUACCCACGGAGACCACCCGAUCCGCCGACGACGCUUCCGCUUGAGCCCAUCGUCGACCGUGGUGCUCAAAGAAAACCGUCUCUUUGCCCACGUCCUCGACAUUGCUGCGAACUCCCAUCGAUUCUAUCUGACAUAUCUGCGUUAUCUUUCGGCGGCUGAUCUUUACGAUACCCUCCGGGCUGCAGUGCGAAUGGUCAAAGAAGGAGCCCCCGACGUCACCUAG